AUGGCGAAACGAGAUAUCGGAAAAAUCAAAAUGAGUGCUAUUGACGUUUUGACCGACGAGCCGGAAGAGCAGUUUGUCAAAGAAAUAAUCGCAGCAAUGAGAAAAAUCCGAGAUCCGCAAUUUGAGAAAUAUGAGUUAAACAAAGAACAAAUGCUCAAGUGCUUAAAGGACAUUUCCCAAAAUUUAGUUGAAAAAUCACAAAUCUGCCACGUCCCAAAGUGUACGCCCGAAAAUUUGGCCGAAGCAGAAGCAAAACGUGAAAAAUCACUUGCUGAACUCAACAAAAAUAAACAACUGAUCGCCGAAACCGAAAAUCUGACAGCUCAGAUUGCGGCAAAACAAAAGCAAAUUGCAGCGCUGAAAAGUGAAACUGACGAGUUAAUCAAGCAAGAGGCAGUUUUGGAUGAUGUGAUCAAGAACACCAAAACGAUCACAAUAGAUGAGUUUAAAAAGAAAGAGAAAGAGAUUGAACAGAAACGGAAAGAAGUUGAAAGGAUACGAAAAACGGUAUCUGACAUGAGAGAGACGAUUAAAAAGAAGAGGGAGGACUAUGAGAAGGACAAAAGUGCGAAGGAAGAACUUGAGAAGAAAAUCAAAGAAGCGGAGGAAUAUUCAAAUGGAGCAGAAACUAAAUUGAAGACUAUGAAAAGCGAAAAGGAAAAGGCUGAGAUGGAGAAGGAACGUAUUAAAAGAUCAUUUGAUGUCGAUAUGUCUGAAUUGUUGAGGAAGGAAAGAGAAUUGGAGUCGAAAGUUGAUGACAUGAACACUAAAAUUCGCAAAGGAGAAACUGAUUUGGCUGGAGAGGGAAAUACAAUCGUCUUUGCGCAAACCCUUAACAACAGCACAACCAAAACUGAUGAUGAUGAUCUUUUGUUCUGA